AUGGAGGUGCUUUUGGCGUUAUUCCAUGCGCUUAGCACUUACCUUAACAUCAUACGCUGUGCUCCGGGACAGUUCAAUGACAAAACUAGGCGCCGGUGCAUGGCCUGCAUAACCUCUGCUAUCCGUGACCUUAAGAAACACGAAACACAUCUCAAAGGCCUGAAAGAAUCCGUGUCUGUUUUACAACAAUUAUAUCUCACAACCACUUGUCUUUCGAUGCUGCUUGGGCGGCUCCGUGACUUUGGAGUUGAUCGAUACACACAGGAUGAGUGUGGAUGCAUUGACCACGGGAGUAAUCGGAGGUCAUCUUGGCUGGACGAUAUUGUCAUUAUACGGGCUGGACAAGAUGGGCUGGAACAUUACGCUAUGUUUGGUGAAAAAUUACUGGAACAAAUUAUACGCCGGAGAGGUCUGGAAGAAGACAAGAGCUUGGAAGAUAUUUCGAGGACAUACGAGGAUGUGGAAGGACGUUUUCGGACCACUCUUCAAAGUCUUCAGCACGGUGAAACGUUGAUACUGUACGAGACAUUGACCCGUGGUUACCGACUGGAUUUCGUGGGAAUGUCUAAAAAAGGUUUAGAGCAACUCGGGUGGCCUUAA